UAGACAGCAGAAUCAUUUGGGAGUAGUUCGGUCUAGUACAGUGCUUUUGUACUAUUAGUACGUGUACUACACAAGCCUACUUGUCGACACUGCGUUGUUGAACUGAUUAUUCCCUUAUAUUUGAUUUCAUUUAUUUUUCAAUAUCACGAAUAUUUUGCAUAAAUAACUAUUAUAGAAUGAGACACUUGACACAAUUGUAUGUCUUUUGAGUGUGCGAGUUGUGACGCGGGACCGUGAGAGAUGGAGACGAGUGCCGAGUCUGGCAGCAUGUCGCCGGCGCGCGUGAAGCUGGAGCCCGAGACGGACCAGUCGGAAAUGAGCAUUGUUAAAGAAGAAGCUGUAUUCCUGGAUGAAGAGGAGCGCGUGAAGGAGGAGUGGUCGGACAGCACGGCCGGGCGCGGCGUGAGCGAGGCAGCCAUGCUGGCCGACUUGUACAUCGAGCACGAGGUGAAGGACGAGCUCGUGCUGGGGCCGGAGCGCCCGCACCGCCCCGUAGUCGCCCCGGCCGCGCUAUAUAAUCGUGUCGCAGCGUCCGCUCUCGUCUCCGCCGAGCCCGCACACACACCCAGCACCAUCGCCACCGGCUAUCAGUGUCACCAUUGCGGUAAAUGGUUCAGGAACAAGUCGGUUCUGAAGAUACACGUAACCCUAAACACUCACUCAGGCGAGAAGCCUUUCAGCUGUAACCACUGUGGCUUAAAGUGUCGAAGAAAAUACCAUUUACAGAGUCACCUAAGGACUCACACUGGCGAGAAGCCUUUCAAUUGUAGCCAGUGUAGUUAUAAGAGUAAAACUAAAAGAGAUUUACUAAGGCACCAGGGAACCCACACAGACCAAAAGCCUUUCAGUUGUAGGCAGUGUGACUACAAAUGUAGCAGAAAAGAUAAGUUACAAGUUCACCUAAUGACGCACACAGGAGAAAUGCCUUUUAGUUGUAGUCACUGUGACUACAAGUGUAGAAGAAAAGACCACUUAAAACGUCACCUAAUGAAUCAUAUCGGCGAGAAGCCUGUCAGUUGUAAGCAAUGUAACUACAAGUGUCGAACAAAAACAGAUUUACGGAAGCACCUAAUCACUCACACAGAUGAGAAGCCUUUCAGCUGUAGCCACUGUAGCCACAAGUUUAGAUUGAAAGGAGAUUUACUGGUGCACCAGAAGACUCACAGAGACACAAAGCCUUUCAAUUGCAGCCAAUGUGACUACAAAAGUAGAAGAACAACAGAUUUACGGAGGCAUCUGAAGACUCACACAGAUGAGAAACCUUACAAUUGCAGCUAUUGUGGUCACAAGUGUAGAAGAAAGGAUCAGUUAAAAAGGCACCUGACGGUGACUCAUUGUCACACUGGCGAGUAGCUAUUGAGUGAAGUUACAAGUUUAAAUUAGAAACUGUAUUACAGAGGCAUCUGAGGACUCACGCAGACAAGAAGCCUUCCAGGUGAAAGUAUUAUUGUUAUGUGCGAGUCUCUAUUAAAUAUUCUAUCCUUCUAUUUCUUGGAAAAGUUGAGCCUAUUGUGUGUAAUAAUAACCUAACUACUGGUACACAGAAAGCAGUGUACACCUCUCGACACCGGUGUUGCCCUUGAGCCAUCUUGGAUGUCGCUUUUUGUGGCUU